AUGGCUCCUCCAAAGAACGCAAAGAAAACAGUCAAGUUAGAUUUGAAUUCCUUCUUAAAUGAUGAUACUUUCGGUUCCUCUUGGGCUGAAGAAGAUGUCGAUUUAAACAAGAUUUCCAUCCCAAUUGAAAAUGUUCCAGCUAACACUGUCCCACUAGAAGAAAUUGCCAGAAAGCAAAAUACCGGUACCAUGGGUGGUAUGGGUAUGGGUAUGGGUAUGGGAAUGGGUGGUGGUAGAGGUGGAUCCAGAUUGGAUCCUGCCCUUGCUGGCCCUGGGUCUUCAAGAAGAGAUUUCUCUCAACGUGAAGAAUACCCUGUCCCAGAACAUCCUCCAUUUAGAGCUAUCAUUAAUAAUAUUCCAUGGGAUAUUUCUCCAGAAGGUGUUAAAGCUUGGGUUGAAGAUGGGUUAAACAAACCAGAAGCUGUGGAAGAAAUCGAUUUGCCAAAAAGUAUUAAGGAUCCAACUCGUUUAAAGGGGUUAGCUUUCAUCACUUUGAAAGAACGUAAUGAUUUAGUUAAGGCUUUGACUUUCAAUGGUACUAAAUUAAAUGAACGUACCGUUUAUGUCUCCGUCGCAGCUCCAAGAAGAGAUGGCUAUAGAUCAGGUGGUGCUGAUUUCGACUGGGGUUCUGCAAGAGGUUCUGCUUUCCAAGCUUCCAAUGGUCCUGGACAAGAUGCCGAUUUGAACUGGGAUUCCGCAAGAGGUUCUAACUACAGAGCACCAAGAGAAGAACCAAACUUAGAUUGGGAUUCUGCAAGAGGUUCUAAUUUUAGACAACAAAGAUCUUCAAGAGAACCAAGAGAACCAAGAGAAGAAGUUAACUUAGAUUGGGACUCUGCUAGAGGUUCAAACUUCAGACAACAACAACCAAGAGAACCAAGAGAAGAAGUUAAUUUAGACUGGGAUUCUGCUAGAGGUUCCAACUUUAGACAACAACAACCAAGAGAACCAAGAGAACCAAGAGAAGAAGUUAAUUUAGAUUGGGACUCCGCUAGAGGUUCCAACUUUAGACAACAACAAAGGCCUCCAAGAGGACCAAGAGAAACAAGGGAAGAAGUUAAUCUAGAUUGGGACUCUGCUAGAGGUUCAAACUUCAGAGCGCAAAGACCUCCAAGAGAACCAAGAGAACCAAGAGAGCCACGUAAACAAGAGCCAGAACUAAAUUGGGGUGACGCAAGAGGGGCCAACUUUGGUAAGAAACCAACUACAACAACUACAUCCACUAAGGAAAAAGCCUCUAAAUCGAGUAUUAAAGCCAACAAGCCGGUCGAAGAACCCGUGAAGAUCCAAAAAUCUGCCUUCGACGUUCUUCGUACAGAUGAUGACGAUGAAGACGACGAAGAAGAAGAAGAAGCAGCAGAAAAUAGCACUGAACCAAAAGUUGAAAACAAAGAAGUUGAUACUUUAGCAACCGAAACAGCUAAACUUGCUGUGGAUGAUGAUAACGAAUGGGAAGUUGUUGGUAAGAAAUAA